AUGAUCUUUGUGAAAUAUGUUGACAUCAUGAUACGGGGUAUGAUGCCCUUCACCAAAUGUGGCCCCCGACAGAAGCCUCACUUCUCGAGUGAAGGAGAACAGCUUGCUGCAUUUCGCACCCAGGAUGGACAGGCGUAUGUGGUCGACGCUUACUGCCCUCACCUCGGUGCUAACCUUGCUAUGGGUGGUCGUGUCAUGGGCAAUUGCAUUGAAUGUCCAUUUCAUGGAUGGCAGUUUCGAGGCAAAGACGGAAAAUGCACCAGCAUCCCAUAUGCUGAAAAAGUGCCAGACUUUGCAAAGGUUCGGACCUGGCCCUCCUGCGAAGUGAACGGGAUGCUGCUGAUCUGGUACCACUGUGACGGAGUCAAUCCGUCAUGGGCUGUGCCCGAGCAGCGGGAGAUCACCAUGAAAGAGUGGGUGUUUCGUGGGCAAACAGAGCAUUUCAUCAAGGCACACAUCCAGGAAAUCCCUGAGAAUGCAGCUGACGCAGCCCAUCUGACUUUUCUCCAUGGACCAGCUAUUCUGAGUGGAACUGAUCUGAGAUAUACCAAGUCCAAGCUGUGGGAUUUUAUGAAGCAUGUCUGGAAGGCUGAAUGGCAGCCCGAGCCAGAGCCCAACAAGCACUGCUCCCAGUUGCUGCUUAAACACAGUGCAACUGUGUUUGGGAAACACUUCUCCUUGCUGGAUUUGACUGUUUCAGCCAGACAGGUUGGGCCAGGACUGGUUUUCCUGAUCUUUGAGCAUGCUUUCCUGGGCCAUGGGAUCAUUUUGCAGACUGUGACUCCCAUGGAGCCUCUCCUGCAGAACGUUGUCCACAAAAUCUACUACCAGAAGAACAUGCCAGCCAUAAUCCCCAAGUUCAUCCUGAAAGCAGAGUGCAUACAGUUUGAACGCGAUAUAACCAUUUGGAAUAACAAGCAGUAUCUCCCUAAGCCCCUCCUCGUAAAAGAAGACUCCACCAUCCAAAAGCACAGACGCUGGUACGCUCAAUUCUACAGCGAGAAAAGCAUGAAGUUCACGGUGCAGGAGGGCCUGGACUGGUGAGGCCCUUGCUCCCUCUGCCGAAGGUGGCCAAAAGCUGUCAGGUGGCUCCUGCCCACCUGGGCUGGAGGGCAGCAGUGUUGGGCAGGCCUGAUUAAUAUAAUAAAUUCAGGCACCAGCAUAGGGAGGAGAGCUUGAGCCCUGGAGGUCCCCUCCGUGCUCAGGUCAUCAAAGCUCAAAGGGUGCUUGCUUUUAUAUCAUCUGCACUGUAGUGUGUGAAUCGAGUGUGAACAUAAGAUAGACAGACCUCCCUCUAAAAUGUCCCUAUCUCUCACUGCUGCCAUCCCUUCAAGUAAUCAUAUGAAAUUCUUUUCACAUGGCCUUCUCUUACCUGAAGCUUCCCUUCCUAGCAAGGCCUGCUGUUGCUUCUGCACCAUCACCUUGGCUGGGGCAGGGUUCCGCUCUCUAGAGAAGCCUUGGCCAGUCUCUACACGGCAGUCAGAGGUGUGACUGUAAGGCCUGCAGACGUAUGCCUUCUUCCUUCUCUCCGGCAGCAGUCAGGGGUUUUAAUUGCCUGCCAUGCAAGGAAGACAUGCCCUUACCAUACCCAUGGGCUUCCUAGGGCCUACUGAGCUCUGCAUGAAUGAAUUCCUCAUGCAGCUAUUACACCUAGCUGGGAAGUAGGGAGACUAUGCCAAUGAUAAAACAAGACCAAGUCUCUUAGAGAAGUUUUGUGAGUCAUGGAUGUGAAUAAGAUCCUGCUUUAAUAUAACCUGGAUUCCAGCAAUACCAUGGGUAUGCAGUUGGUUGUAAAAAUUUGUGUCUCAUGGUAAGACCACUGGUAUCACUUACUGUUGCUGCGAUCAAAAAUUAAGUUAAUGCAUGACAACUAGGCUGCAAAUCUGGCUAAAACUGUUCUAGAUUCUCUUGUGCUUUGUGCGUAAGUGCUCUGUAUUGAAGGGUGAAAUUCUGCCCUGUUGCACAGCCUUAAAGAAACCUGAAUUCUCUAUGGAAAGAGUCUGCCUUGUAUUUGCAAGACUCAGACUGUCUCAAAGUUACUUUAUGCCAAGAGCUAGAAAAACUGAAUGCUCAAAUCAAGGAGUUUUCCAAAUAGGCUUGUUGCUGCUGCUGUUGUGCACACGGUGCCGAUGGGGCAGGACAGUGCUUGCUUGUGCCUUGUGAAUUUUGCACGUUACUGAGGCUUCUGUUUCCUUGCUCAACAUUAACCCAUAAAGCAGGAGCCAGCAUGAGGAACAUGCCACUGCAGACCUCUGCCAGUGCACCGUCCUUCUCAAACCCUUGCAGCACCCUGGAUAACUGUGCCAAGCCUCCUCCUGCUAGUCAUGCUUUUGCC